UUGAACGGUCUUCAGUAGUUUUAUUAUGUUUUCAUAGACUAAACAUAAUUUGUGUGGCACAGAAACAUACUUUGGAAAUGUCAGUAAAUGUUUAUGGUUGCAACGGAUGUCGUUUAAAAAAAUAACGUGGUUAUGAAAAAAGAAAUACGUUUCAACAAUAUACGAAAGACCAAGUAACGAAAAAAUAAUUGAAUCGAAUCGAAAAAUUCAAAACCUCGAAGUAUAAAUAAUUUAUAACGAUUAUAAGUAAAUUUUAGAAACAAAAGCUUGAAAUUAUUUUGAAGGUAGAGUGGAACUGUACAAAUGACUGGAAAAGCGCAAAAAAUUAAUAUUUUUAAAUGAAAACUUUUUACAUGAAAUGUACUUUAAAAUCAAAGUGAUAAUACAAAAGAUUCUAAUCAGUGUCAAAACCUCGUUUAACAUAUUAUGACCAAAUCAUAUUCUUAGGCAUCAUGAUUUUCGCAAAGUUACCUCUGUUCCUCGUGCUCGUCGCGUUGAGGUCAGCAUCUGGCUCUCUUGUUGUGGACAGCGCCUCUCAGAAGGGUAUCUACCUCUCCGACUACUGCCCCUCCAUGAAGUACUGCGUCGAGGGCAGUCACGUCAUGUGCAUGUAUUAUGACCCGAAUCACGUAAUGGGUCCUCGCUGCAGCAAUCCACAAAACGUUUCCAUAACUGCCGAAUUAGCUAACCAACUGCUUGAUGUAACCAAUGCUAUCAGGAGCAAAUUAGCUACCGGCAAAGAAACUGGGAAAGACGGUGUUCUGUUACCGAGGGGAUACGGAAUAUUUCGAUUGCGAUGGGACAACGAAUUGGCAACCUUCGCACAAGUGCUGGCCAACCAAUGCGUACUAAGGCAUGAUUUGUGCAGAUCUACCAAAAGGUUCCCAGACCCUGGCCAGACCGCAGGGCUGGUUCGCUUCACCUUCCCAGACUGGUACCCGAUGUCGAGGACUCCAGCCACCUCAUCACCAGGUCUCAACGAGAUGAAGCUCUCAUAUGCCGUCACCCAGACCCUCAAGUCUUGGUACGCGCAGAAGGCUUCGGUAACCGAGCAAAUGCUGACCAAGUACCCGGAUUGGACUUUAACUCCAACAAACCAAGGAGGAAGACUUUACAUGGAGAUGAUAUACGGAUCAACAACACACAUGGGAUGCGGCAUCUCUGCCUACACUGAAUACAGUUACUAUGACAACAACCGACAAAUGAAUUACAAUUCAAUCCAAGUGAUAUGCAACUACUCGGCGCGGCCCCGGAAGGGCGGGCAGUCGUACAGCAUGGACGCGCCGCGGCCGGGGCACGGCUACACCAGCCUGUGCGGCUGUCCGGAGGGCUCCCGGGAGGACGCCGACUGUCUCUGCACCGAAUAUACGCCAGCACCAAAACCGACACCUAAGCCAGAAUCGUGCACCGCUCCGGAAGGGAACUGCGAACCAACCCUCGUCCUGCUCCCAAUAUUCACUGUUGAGGAUGCCCCCUCUCACAAACUGUAUGAGAAGGCGAGAGAGAUCGAACAGCCGCUGACAGACUUCGUAAUACAUAGACUGGAUAACUUAACAAGCCUUGGAAGGGCAAAGUCUGUUGAGGUUUUUGACAUCUUAGAAGGCGCGGGAAAAGAGCGCGCCUUCCAUCUUCCGUCCAUGCCACAUCCGUUGAAAUCAGUACUGAUGCCUACGCUGCAUAACAAUGAUCUUAUUUACAGGGCACCUUUACCUCCACCUAUUCUACCCACAUUACCGCCGUCUCAUAUACAUUCCCAACUAUUAAUGUUCACGACGCCGAGGCCUGAGUAUCCCAUAUUACCAGCCGUACGGAUGCCCCCAACAGAUAUCGAACAGCUACCAACAUUUCAACUUCCAACACUUCGAUUGCCAGAAUCAAGUAAUCAACCGCAUGAAAUAGGACCACCGCAAAAUCCGUUAUCUAAAUAUACUGAUGUGCUAAGAAGUCAGUUUUAUGAGAAAAGCCUGAUUGAUCCCCUUAAUGAGGAGAAGCCAUUACCGCAGAUACAAAAGCAGACACCUAAACCAACCCCGACGGUUAAGAAAUCAAGCAUUUUUACAAGAGUAGCCCAGUUUAAGUUACCCGGCAGGAGGAGUAUGAGUUCCCCGUUUGAGACAUUAAUGAAAGACGUAGUACCUAGAAAGGACUUUUCGAACUUAAGUAAAGUGGUUGAUGACUAUUUAAAUCGAAAGCAAGGAUAUAGAAGAAAUACUUUGUUAAAAUCCAAACAAGAAUAUGCAUCACAUCAAGAAGAGGAACGCCAGUAUACGGAAUCCCCCCCGCAAACAAACACUCAAGAGCAGAAAGAAGAGCAACAACAAAAAGAUCAACAACCUAAUGAAGAAACUACAGCAAUAGAUGAUAAACAACACAAAGAUGAAGAGGUUACUGAGACUGUGUUAAACAACGUUGAAGAGAAAGUUAUAACCUUCAAACGAUAUCUAAAAAGGGGAAAUAACUCUGAUGACACAGAUGUCGAAGCUAAAGAGGACAACGAUAACAAACUGAUGUCUCUACUCGACACUCUAGAGCAAGAAGUCAAACACAUAGAACUCGAUGGUAACGAAAAAGAACUGUUCGAUGCAAAAAUUAGAAAGAUUUACGGCACUGUUGUUGGUAAACCAGUAGAAUUGCUUUCUCCAAAGCAAUCUAAACUAAACGAGCUAGAACUCCCAGAUAACGACUUCGGAGAAUCCAAAACAUACGUCAAACACGAGUCCAACCAUAUAAGUGAUGAUGAAAGAAAUAUGGAUGAUGACAAAAAAAUCAUAAAACAUAUCGAAAGUAAAAAACCAAAUCGGAUAAAGGCUUUUGACUUUUUGGAACGAAAACAUAAAGACAAAAUACCUGAUGCUCUGUUAGAUAGUAAAUAUAACGACAAUAUAGAUCACAAAUUAUUCAACGAAAUAGAUCGAAAAUAUAAUGAGCAUAUUGAGCAUAAAUUAUACAGUGAUAGUGAUCGCAGGUACAGUGACUUGGAACAUAAAUUUAUGGAGGAUUUGGACAGGAAACUCAACGAAGAUCGCAAAUACAAGAGUGGCGAUCGCAAAUUCUAUAACGACCAUUCAGAGGAAAAUCGCAAAUACAGCCAUAUACCUGCAUCAAGAAAUCAAGUCAAAUACGAAAAUAAAGAAUAUAGAAACUAUAAACACAAUAGUUUCAGUUCUGUAGAAGAUGUCAAACAUCGGAACUUUGAUAAAUAUGAGAGGGAAAAAUUUGGACGUGGUGAUAGGACUUUUUAUAGAAAAGACCUUGACAGGAAACAUAGGAGAGGAACUGAGGUUAAAAGGAGUAGAAGUAAAAACUAUUACGUGCACAAUGAUGCCAACGAUGUGUUGAGUGUGGAGAGAAGAAAGUAUUACCAAGACAAACUGGAGAACCUCGAAAGGAGGCUGCAACACACUCGGUCGUUCAGGCGGAAAAUGGAACAUGGAAACGAACGGCCAAUGCGACGGAUGCGACCGAACCGGGAAGACAGGACCAGAGGAUCCAAAACACAAGCCGACAACUUCUACAUGCCUGACAGAGCUAGAUUUUUGCACGGCUUCUAAAGAUACCCAAAAAUCCAUGUGACAUGGUCCUUUAAUCAGACCAAGCUUAUAUUCGACAUGUUACCGAGAAGUAAAUGAUACAAU